AAGAUGGUAUUGGUAUUGCAUACUCCGACAUCUGUGUCAGUCGUUGGUGAACGAGAACGACGACCUCUUAAGCCAAAACCUGAUGAUCUGAUCUGAGAUUACUCCCAUAGAAUUACUCUCUUCUCCAAAUUGCAUUUCUCCUUGUGUUGUUUUUCUACACGAUAGAUAGAGGGGCGCAACAGGUUUCAGAGAAGAUGACUGAGGUUGAGGCAAAUGAUGGGCCGCCACCUGUUUUAGAUUUGGGAGCCUUUGUUGGCGAAUUGACGGUUGAAGAUGAUGCAGCCAGUGAUGAUGUCUCACUGGAGGGACUAGAGCAAGAGCUUCAAGAUUGUAAAACUGAUGAUGUAGUUGCUAUGAUACUGUCUAAAGGUACAAAAUUGCGGGAUUACACCAAGGAUGUCGAGAAUAAUCUAAGGCAAAUUGAACUCGACUCUAUCGAGGAUUACAUUAAAGAAAGCGACAAUCUAGUCUCACUUCAUGAUCAAAUUCAUGAUUGUGACACCAUCCUGGCGCAAAUGGAAAAGCUUCUAAGUGGAUUUCAGGCCGAGAUAGGUUCAAUAAGUUCAGAUAUAAAGGUUCUUCAAGAAAAAUCUAUGGAUAUGGGGCUCAAGCUGAAGAAUCGUAAGGCAGCAGAAUCAAAAUUGGCUAAGUUUGUUGAGGAUAUCAUCAUCCCACCAAGAAUGAUAGACAUAAUAGUCGAUGGAGAGGUGAAUGAGGAAUACAUGAGAACCCUUGAGAUUCUCAGUAAAAAGCUGAAGUUUGUUGAAACUGAUACCAUGGUGAAGACUUCCAAAGCCUUAAAUGAUGUUCAGCCUGAACUUGAAAAGCUUCGACAAAAAGCAGUUUCAAAGGUAUUUGACUUCAUUGUUCAAAAACUUAAUGCAUUAAGGAAACCCAAGACAAAUGUCCAGAUCCUUCAACAAAAUGUUCUUCUCAAAUACAAAUAUGUAAUUUUGUUUCUUAAGGAGCACGGAAAUGAGGUCUAUCUUGAGGUUCGAGCUGCAUAUAUUGACACCAUGAAUAAGGUUCUAAGUUCAAAAAUCCGAGCUUAUAUUCAAGCCCUAGAGAAGUUGCAACUAGAUAUUGCAACAUCCAGUGAUUUGAUUGGUAUUGACACCAGAAGCACUAGUCUUUUCUCGAGAGGAAGGGAACCUUUGAAAAACCGUUCUGCUGUUUUUGCUUUGGGAGAAAGGAUAAACAUUCUCAAGGAAAUUGAUGAGUCAGCAUUGAUUCCUCAUAUAGCUGAAGCCAGCUCUAAAAAGUAUCCUUACGAAGUCCUUUUCAGGAGCUUGCACAAGCUGCUAAUGGAUACUGCUGCCUCAGAAUAUCUUUUCUGCAAUGAAUUUUUUGGAGAACAGUCUAUGUUUUAUGACAUAUUUGCAGGUCCUUUUUCAGUAGUUGACGAGCAUCUAAAUACAAUUCUUCCAAAUUGUUUUGAUGCAAUAGGUCUGAUGCUCAUGAUUCGCAUUAUAUACCAGCACCAGCUUAUAAUGUCUCGGCGUCGAAUACCAUGUCUAGAUUCGUAUUUGGAUAAGGUAAACAUUUCUUUAUGGCCACGGUUUAAGAUGGUAUUUGACAUGCACCUCAACAGCCUGCGAAAUGCCAAUGUCCGGACUUUGUGGGAAGAUGAUGUACAUCCACAUUAUGUCAUGAGGCGCUAUGCUGAAUUUUCAGCUUCUCUAAUUCAGCUUAAUGUUGAUUAUGGAGAUGGUCAGCUUGAACUCAACUUGGAAAGAUUGCGAAUGGCCAUAGAUGAUCUGCUUGUCAAGCUUGCCAAAUUGUUCCAGAAACCAAAGUUGCAGACAGUAUUUUUGAUAAAUAACUAUGACAUGACAAUUGCCGUAUUAAAGGAAGCUGGUCCUGAGGGGGGGAAAAUCCAAAUGUACUUUGAAGAGUUGCUGAAAAGCAAUACGACCAUUUAUGUGGAGGAACUUCUUGUGGAGCACUUCAGUGAUCUAAUCAAGUUUGUAAAGACUAGAGCCUGUAAGUGUGCCUAUAUUUUGAAAUUUCACUCAUCUGUAAAUUUAUGUUUAUGCUUCUCAAGCAAUCAGCUGAUUUUCUUCCUUGUUUUGUUAGCUGAGGACCCAAGUUCUAGUUCUGAGCGUCCAAUCACCGUGACUGAAGUUGAGCGUAUUGUCAAGGACUUUGCCAGCAGAUGGAAAGCUGCCAUAGAGCUGAUGCACAAUGAUGUCAUUACUUCCUUUAGUAACUUCCUCUGUGGUAUGGAAAUCCUGAGAGCUGCAUUGACUCAGCUAUUGCUUUAUUAUACCAGGCUUUCAGAUUGCAUGAAGAGAAUUGCUGGAGGGUCUGCUUUGAACAAGGAUUUGGUUUCCAUUUCUUCGAUAAUGUAUGAAAUUAGGAAAUACUCGAGGACCUUCUAAUAGUUAGUUAUUCUAGUAAUUUUUCUGGAGUGUGCAGGAUAAAUGUGUAUUUUGUUGGCAGUAGGUAAAUAAUUAAACUUGUUCUUUUAUUGUACAUCACAUAACCAUAUAACAUUAAGAACCCAUCAUGCUAAAUGAUAAAGUGAGAGCGACCAAGUUUGCUCUUCGUUAGUAGUUUGUUGAGGAAUACUUAAUCUACUUCCAUUAUUAUCAAGGACUAUUUAUGGGGAAGUUAGAAA